CUUGUGACAGUCAGUUGCCAGUGUUUAACAGAACGCUGUGUAGAACAAACGUGCGCGCGCGCCCACAUCUUAACCAUUAAAUUGAUCGAUUCAAAUAAAAAAACAUUUACAUAAAAAGUUUUUUUAAAUUAACUCAGUAAUUAAAUUAUUGUGAACAAUGGCUGAUGAGCUUGUGAAAUUGAAAAUUGUGAAUGAGAACGAGAAAAGUGUGGAUCAGAGUUUGAACGACGAGGUCGAAAUGAUUUUUGGCAGAGGACCGGCGCCGGCGCUUAAUGACAAGAAACAAAUUAUCAGCAAUGGCAACCUGAUCGACAAAGAACGAAGCACAGAGUUUAACGGCAACAACAAUGUGGGCGAGACUGAGCUCGGACACCCCAGGCAGCCGCUGUUGGAGAGGAGAGGAGGGCAGCUACCUCCUCUAGCUGGUCCUGAAACUGACGAGCUAGAUGGAGACCCACCGAAGGACGCCGCCCCGUUCCCUGGUGCUGACGUCAGCUUGUUGCACCCCGGGGAUAAGAAACCAGGCGACCAUAAUCAUGAUGAGAGUGACCGUCACUCGGAGCUGGACCCCAGCGACAAGCACUCGAUGUACGGCGACGACGCGGCCACUGACGACGUCAACGAGCUUGCAGCAAGAUUCGGUGACUCCCGACCUGUGUCACCUUUCUCUGCCAUUGCCCUCCCCGACGUGAACGUGAACACGUACCAGCAGAAGAAGAACUUGGCGCAGGGCAUGAUGGACCUGGCGCUGCUGUCGGCCAACGCCAACCAGCUGCGCUACGUGCUGGAGUCCGCCAGCACGCACCCCUACUACUACCCCAGCCUCACGUUCAUCUCGCUCAGUAUCAUCUUCCAAAUCAUGGUCGGCGUGGGCCUCAUCAUGAACAGCCGGUACGACGUGAACCACCAGAAGGAGCGCUGCAAGGCGGACAAAAUAAACAACAUGACGGUCAUCGGCAUCUUCCUCAUCACCAUCGUCAACGUGUUCAUCACCUCGUUCAGCGUCGCCACCACGACUGGUGUCGCUACCGUAGGUACCCCCACGCAACAAGCUGGAUAGUCCACACAGUCAACGUAGUGGUAGCUCACUGUAGUCAGUUAUUUUGUUAACGGCGCAUUCCAAUAACCUACCUAUCGGUAGAUUUGCAUACCAGAGAUAGAAUUUUGACACAUUUUGUAUGGAGCUUAUGUCAAAAUUCUACCGCUGGUAGGCAAAUCUACCGAUAUUGUUAUUGGAAUGCGCCGUAACAGAAUAGAAUAAAUGCCAGACUUAGCAGGUGUUGGGUCAGAACAGGCUUUGGGUCACAGUGUCCUCGUCGACUCACAACUCGCUUCAAUUUCUAUGCAGAGUGCAUAUUAUAAUUUUUAUUUUUCAAGAAAGUUCUAAAACAAGCCUACGUUAGGUACCCUAUUUUUGAAAGAAGAACACCCGCUAUAUCUUGCGUUUAUUCCGUUACAAUCUAGGGUUUUAUUGACCAAUACUCAAAUAAUAUUUGAACUAAAUAUCUCAUUUGUCGGAAAGAAUCUAUAUAAGUAUAUAGGUACUUACAGAUAGUACUUAAGUUAUUGCAUUUAUAGGAAUUAUAGGCCACAACCACUCAUGUUGCUCAAUUUUCUGGCUACAUUCAAUUCAUCUUUGUAUAAAGUUAGUUAGGUAAGGACAAAUCAUGUAAAUAAUUAUUUUUAAUUAAGUAUAUUGGAUUAUAUCAAUGCAUUUAAAUUACAACAAACUAUAAUGUAGUUUACUACGGAUCUGAUUGCUAACACGCUUAUGUGUUUAUCGUUCGUUUUUCUAUACGAAGUCAAGUAAACACCUACCAAGUCAUCAUAAACUUAAUUAAAUUCCAUUUAGUAUAAGCAUGGAACUACUUCUAUAUCUACCUAUCUAAUAACCAGCAUGCCGCAUUAUGGGACCAAACCCCUUCAAAAUCAGUUGUAUUUUAUAUUUUUAUUAUCUAAAAACAAAUUAAUACGAUAAAUACAAAUGAAAAACUCAUCAUUUAACUGAAUUUAUCUAACUAUUCAUCGUAAAACCCGAUAACUCUGUUGUUUUCCUAUUUUUAAUUAUUUUCACGUUGUUUUUUUUUUAACUACCUAUAUCUAUCUUCAUAUAAAACUGAAUUGCUGUUCGUUAGUCUCGCUAAAACUCAAGAACAGCUGGACGGAUUUGGCUAAUUUCGGUCUUGAAUUUUUUAUAGAAGUCCAAGGCAGGUCUAAAAGGUGCGAAAUUAAAAUGUUUGAGGCGGUACGAAGUUUACCGCGUCAAAUAGUCUUAUAUACAACGUGUAACAAAAUACCCUUAUAGGUACAUCAAGAAGCGCUGAUAAAUGCAGGUUGAAUAGUCUCUACACGAAGUUUCAGCUUAAAAUACGGUUAAAAAAAAUUUGUACCGAAUACUUGGUAUCGCAUGGUUCUUGAUAUCAAAUCAUACAAACGUAUCACAACACUACAGGGAUCACUCGUUAAUAUAACGAAACAUUUCUUCUGUCAAUCUGAUCACCUAGUACCUGUCUACCUAAUUUUGAAUCACGCGGCGCACUAUGGAAAAUAUAGGUCGGUAUCGGAUCAAAAAUCUGUAACUUCAUGAAUAAAUUUUGUCGUAUCGUGAUGAAAGGACAUGGCUAAACCAAAGUAUGGACGUCGUAACCCGUACAAAUAAAUAUUGUAUAAAUAUGGUACUUAGCAAUAAAUAAAGCCGCAUAAUUAAAAAUUGAUAUUUUGUAAUUAAGAAGGUCCAGAAACUUGGCAUAUCUGCGCAAUCCUGAAAAUAAAGUAGCGUUCCUACGUCAAACAACGUUACAAAAACUUCAAUCUAUAACAUUGCUAUGAACUUUUACCAAGGCGUUUUGAUGUACCUGAGCCGAAAGUUAUUUAUAUAUGAGCUAGAUAGGUAAACAAUUCAGCUUAUACUAGAUAAUUAAUACAAAGUAACCAAGGACAGACACAAAAUAGAUAGUAAGAUUGUGCAAUCUUAUACAAAAUAUAUAUUUUGUGUCGAUCAAAACAUUUACAAUUAUUUGGUUUCAGAAAAAAGUCAUUAUAUUACCGUUAUUAAAAAUUGAUGUUUGUUUAAUUAUUUCGAUUUGAUUUUCGAGGAAACUAAUGUCCUAAUAAUAGCUUGCAGUACCUACUUCCGUGUUGUCAUGUCAAACCACAACAGAAAAAAAUCAAAUAUGAAACUUAUUUUUUGUUAAUUUUUGUUCACCAAGUUAUAAGAAGUUAAACACAAAAUAAUUCAUAAGUGAAUAUUUAAAUGAUAUGGGUUAGCGUGAAAUUCGUAUUCUUGUUAUUAUGCCUGGGUCAGUCAUUUAGCCAUCUCCUUUGGCACAAAUAUGCAGUAAGGUUUGGAUAUUCGAAUGAUGUGUAGUUUAUAUUGUUUUCUUGUAUAUCUAUGUAAGUUUUUUGCAUAGAAUGAAAGAAAUGGGAAAAAUAGUUAAAAAUUUAUUUCAAGUGGAAUACAACUUUAUAAUGACUAAUAAGAUUAAACCAUGGUUAAUUACAAAGGUACUUAUAUAUGAAAACAAUUUACUAAAUUAAAAUCAUAUUACUAAUAGGUACAUCCUAUACUCUGGCUUCAGGAAAUGAUGUAGCUAGGUACAAAUGUAAGUAAUAAACGUAUACCACUUCAGGAUCAGGGUUAGUAAAUGUGGGUUCACUUUCAGAUGCCACGUUUAAAAGACUUAGUCCCUCUUCUUCAAGUUCUUUUACAUUUCUUACGUACGGUUUUCUCAAACUUGUUAUAUAUGGAUCUGACGUGUAUAAAAGCGUUUUAAAGACAUCUUCAUUUGUAGCAGAUCGGGAACAUUUUCUGGCAUGAUGAAGUCGUAUGUUUCAGUAGUCUUUGUUGCGAGACUCUUGUGCGUCUUCCGAUAGCUGUCCAAUAGGAAGCACCGCAAAAUGUUUGAUAACGUUUUCCCCGUGUAUGAGUAUUUUAUGAACGGAGGAUGGCAUAUAAUACCAAUCGUAAUUACUUACAUAGAUUCUUGCAGUUUCUAUUGCAUAUUCCCCAAAUUUUUCAGGGUCGAUCAUCAUUCCAGAAGAAAGAACUUGCAAGAUAAUGUAUAGGCGUUUAAUCAAUGCCUCAUCUACACCUGUUAUUUCCGAUGAGCAAGUGCUAUUAUAGAAGAAUCUUCGUGCGGUAUUGCCAUCGUUCGUAUUCCCGCUAACUUGCCGAGGUUUGUCGACGAUUAAUCCCAACUCCUCUGAAACGACUCCAUCCAACUCUGAAACGUUUUUGAACAAGUUCUUUCUUUUCUUUUUUUAAUCUCUUAUUUUCCUCAGUUGAAGCAGACCAAGUCUUAAACGAAAGAUUAUAGGAAAUAUGCAAUAUCAUUUCCAUGCAGCGAAUCCAGGCGUGUAAGGUGGACAAUCCGUAUUGGUAGGCGUUUUCGUUUUCAGGUCUGGCAGUUACUUUCGAUAGGUCAUUCAUUAGCCGUGGAGUAGCCCCACAUAUCGUGCAUGUGGAACCAGAUGGAGUAUCUGUAAGGACCUGAGCCACCUUUCCAUCGAUCAUCGUUAGAAAUAGUUCAUGCUUCACAUUUACUACAACACCAUCUUUGUUUAUAAGUGAUGCUUGUGCAGCCCUAAUUUGUUUUUUAAUAUCAUCGACAACUGCCUUGGUUUUUUCUGGAGUUUCCUUACAAAACUCAAUAGAAAUGGGUCUGCAAAAACGGACAGAUGAAGGUACUGGAUUUUGCCAAACAACGGAUCCCGAUUGCACAUCAACUAAUCUGAUGGGGACUAAUGAAGUGAUGAACAAAUUGGCAUCUGAAAUUGUUUCCGACUCUUCUGCAAGUAUUUGUUUGUAUUGGCUUUGACCAGAUGAACCAUCACAUCCCCAUUUACAAUAAAGGAUCAAUGUUCUAUGUUGUUUUUGGAAAACAGAAUCGAUUUUUAAAAUUCUAGCAGCAGUAUGAUCCAAUAAAUCUUGAAUAUUAAUCACUUUAGCAUAAGUAUUCGUGAUUUCGAUUGUAGAAGAUGGUGGAUAACAGGAUCUUUUAAUUUCUUGUAUUUUGUAGUAAGGCGGGAAUAUACAACACUUUCGUUCGUUGGUUAAGUUUUUCAGGUACAUAUAUUGUGCUUUUGUUAGAUCUAAAUCUAUAAAAGCACUCAAUGCUUCCGUAUCGGAAAGAAUCUUCAUCUGGUCUGAGUCGUUCCACUUACUUGAGAUAUCUAAUUUCUUUUGAGUGUCAGCGGUUCUUAAUUCUUCGACAAGAUGAGCUUCUGUGUACUCACGUAAAGCCCGUAGUCCCUGCACAUAGGCGUUUUUUAUAUGCUCGAAGCCAUAUUCUUGGAGUAGAAGAGUGUUUUUCCUCUUCUUGGUAGAUUCUGAGGAGUCCCCAUAAGCCACGCAUGUUCUUCCUCGUUGGCCAGAUGUUGGUGAAUAUUGUUCAGAAUCCGGUAAAUUUAACGAAUACUCUGAGUCCAACCAAGUACAAUUCUUCUUUAAAAAUGUUUCUUUUUUCCGAGAUGCCAGGGCCCAGCGCUUGUUGAAAAUAGGAAGAAUGUGCCUUUGUAAAACACAAGUCGUUUUCAGAAACAUUGAGCUUUUCCACUAAAACUUUGGAUAAUGAUUCGAUGGUCUUGCCGCCCUCGAUAUAGGGGAUUAUGAAGUCUCGUUUGGUACAGCUGAAGGAAGACAUUUUAACACUUCACAAUCUGCAGAAAUAAUAGGCGCAGAUGAGAUUUGCUUCACUUGAAGUUACACUGAUGUAGAUGGUUCGAAUAGUUUUUGCUUCUCUUUAUAUACUCAUUUUACAAUAUCGAAUUUGUACCUACAUCAUUAUUAUCUUGUAAUUUCCCACGCAAACCGAGUGCAAAUUUGAUAAGGUCCCUUUGUUAUCAUGAAAUAAUGAAUAAAAUAUCCAAAAAGUUCCAUAUUGUUCAUGUGAAUGGUGUCAGUGGUAAACCGCAAAAGAUACCAAUUUUCGGGUUCUGACUUUUAUCAGUUUUUUUCUCAUAUCUUCUAAAACCGCAAAUAUCCGCAGCUGAUUUUUUUGCAUUCUAUUUAUGAAUAGUUAGACUACUAGUCAACACAAAAAGUAGCGCUUGGGCAAACGUGGGUAACACUGAAAACCUUAAACGAAAAAAAAAUAAGUGAAAAAUAAGGUCUGUCACUUUUUAAGUAAUUACUGAAAUAUUUUUCUUUACUUUUAAAAUCAUUAAGCUCUAUCGAAAAAAACAUAAAAUAACCUUUCUAAAAAUGUAUAAUACUGUAUAUCUGUACCAAGUAUUUUUUCACAAUAUGGUAUUGAAACAUGUAUACGCAAAAGACUUGAGUUUGGCACUUCUGUCUUCUAUGUAUUUCUAUCUAUGAAAAAAAAAUUGCGUAUUAAGUGAAAAAAUCUUAAUGAAUAUUAUAAUUUGACUAUUAGAGAACCUAAUAAAAUAGCCAUAUUAGCCAAAUUAUGAUAUUCGUAAAAAGCAUUUUUGAUAUGCGCUUGUUCUACCAUUUUCCAUAGGCGGCGGCGCGAUUUGAAAAAUUCAUAACUUAGUACCAUGAAAACAUGAGUUUAAAAAACCCUUACCGUAUCGUUUGUUAUGUUAUCUAGAAGCCGUGCAAUUGAUAUGUACAGGUACCCCCUUUUUGUUACACGUUGUAUAAAAAUGAAUUGCUGUUUGUUAGUCUUGCUAAAAUUCGAAAACGGCUGGUCCGAUUUGGCUAAUUUUGGUCUAGAAUUAUUUGUGGAAGUCCAGGAAAGGUUUAAAAGGUGAGAAAAAAAUUAUUGGGGCGGUACGAAGUUUGCCGGAUCAGCUAGUAAGCAAUAAAAAUCAAAUAUCAUCAUUUUAAAAUAACCAGCUACUUUCUUGUCAGUCGAUCCACAGUCCUUAUCAAAUACUCUUGCCUGGUGGGGUAUUGUUUUUUUAUCGAGACUGAAGUCUGACCGUUGAGUGAAGCACAAUAAAGCACCAGUGCAUAACAAUGUAAUCAUCAACUUUUAUAGUUGAAUUCUGUGUUUUAUCUUCACGAAUUCAUGAAUUCUCAGUGAUAAGGAACGUUAACCACAUCCGUAACAAAUAUAUUUUUCCUUUUAUAAAUAAAUAUUCAUAUUUCUUGUACCUAUUUUACUUACUGUAGGUAUUUUUAAAUGGACAUGCAUUACGGUAAAAAGGGGUGAAUAGAAUUCAAUUAGAACAUUCUCCCAACAUUUAAUUUUAUUCACCCCUCUUCUGUAUCUAUUCACCCCGUUUUACGGUAUUUCAACAGUAUACAUUCCGGUAAACGCAUAGACACGGUUUGGUCCCAUUAUCCCAGUUUCAAAGCUUAUUUUGCAUUUAUCGAUAAUUUUAGUUAAUUUAAAUAUCAAGUACAACCUAUACGACUGUUUUCUCACAAAACAGGAUUCUUAUUUAACACAAUAACAUGACAUGUUGUACAUAUAUAGAAUUAUACAUUUUACAUACAGGUAGUAUACAUAGGUAGUAUUUGAUACUUUAAAAUAUCCGUGGUUUCCCCCUUCCUCCAAGGGUAGAACAAAACCAUUUUUUUUUCUAUCACCAUUAUAUUCAAAAUCCAGUUUCCCUACGAAGCUCGAGUCAAUCCAAAUUUAGCAUGGUGAAACCACCAUUGAUGGAAUAAUGCUAAGUUAAUCUGAUUUGUUAAUUCACAUUAGUAUUAAGUUCAACUUUAAAUCAGAUCUGCAUAGAAAAGUGCAAUAAUUAUUUCAGUGUCAUAUUCACACUCACAGUGUAUAAAAGAUCUUUAAAAUAAGACUGAUUUAUCAUUUUCAUUACAUUUUGUAUUUAGUUGUAAAAAGUAUUUUAAUUCUCAUGGAAUCCAGCUAAUCUCAUAUUAUUAUAAUGACAUUGUUUUAUAGUAUAAGCGCAUGCAUGCGGUAUUUUAACGUUACCAAUAUCUAGACUUAAGUAUUUAUUUAGUUUUGUAUAUAAAAAUAAAAUGUAUUAUAAGUUAA